AUGGAUAACCCCCUCCCUCCCCCCCCCCCCCGAACGACCUCCAUCACCACCCCCAGUAUCCUGGAGAUCACUAUCAUUGGGGGCAAGCCGUAUACGUUGACGGAAGGAACCAUCAACGUCGAUGGCACGACUAUCCGGCUGCCGAACUUGGGUGGUAGCGAGCAGGUCAGCACGACAAUAGAAAAUGUGCUCAUGGCCAUUAUCCCAAGCUACUCGGGAACUAUGGCCGUGCCGGUGUUCCCAACGGCCAAGCCGACUUCCGACUCAGGCUCCGACCCCACUCCCUCCUCAACGAGCACGUCUACCACUGCUACUACCAGCUCAGCAGAACCAGCGCCUACCUCUGCGGACGGCGUGGUCCGAUGGGGAAACAAGGUGUGUGCUGGCAUAAAUGUGAUCCCUUCACCGGCAAGCCUGUGGGUGGUGGGUGGGAAGGAGGUGAUCCAUGGUGCUGGCUUAAGAAGGACAAGACAGGGGCCUUUUGUAAUAAAGCAAAAUAUUGUCCAGCAGACCUGGAGUGUCAGCCUAGUAGCUGGCCCGGGGGAGGAUGUUGGGUAA